AUGGAGAAACCAGCUGAGAGCCGGAAUGGCUUUCUGGAGCCCACGGUGCUAAGCGGCUUCGAGGCUGCAGAGGAAGGUGUAAAGCGGCCUCGGCUGAAGCUCUUCCAGCUGCGGAGCUUCGGCCGGUUCCUGAGGAAAAACUGCAUCGUUAUCUUGACCGUAACCGGCGUGCUGGCUGGAGUGGCCAUGGGCGCCCUGAUGAGGCAAAUGCCGCUCACCCGGGCUCAAAUCACCUACUUGGCCUUUCCGGGAGAGAUGCUGCUCCGUAUGUUGAAGAUGAUCAUCCUGCCCUUGGUGAUCUGCAGUCUGGUCUCCGGAGCAGCCAGCCUGGACACUCGGUCCCUGGGCAAGCUGGGCGGCAUCGCCGUCGCCUACUUCUUGGUUACAACCUUGAUCGCCUCGGCGCUCGCCGUUGCCUUGGCCUUCAUCAUCAAACCCGGGGUCGGCGCCGGGGAGCUCAAUAGUAAAGACUUGGGCUUGGAUGGCGCCAUGCCCACCAAUAAGGAGACCGUGGACUCUUUCCUGGACCUAGCAAGAAAUUUGUUUCCAUCAAAUCUCAUUGUUGCAGCCUUUCGAUCGUAUGCUACUGAUUAUAAAGCCAUAGUUAGAAAUUCAACCAUUGGCAAUGUUACCAUUGAAAAGUACGUUGUUGAUUAUAGAGAAAUAAUAAAUGCCUCCCUUGGGAAUGCCACUAUUGAAAAGUUCCCUGUUGGCACUGAAAUUGAAGGAAUGAAUAUUCUGGGGCUUGUACUCUUUGCUCUGGUUUUGGGAGUAGCUUUGAAAAAACUUGGACCUGAAGGAGAAGAACUCAUUCGUUUCUUUAAUUCUUUCAAUGAGGCAACCAUGGUCUUAGUAUCUUGGAUUAUGUGGUAUGUACCACUCGGCAUUAUGUUUCUAGUUGGAAGCAAGAUUGUGGAAAUGGAUAAUAUUAUCCUGCUGGUGACAAGCCUUGGAAAAUACAUCUUUGCAUCAAUUCUUGGCCAUAUUAUUCAUGGAGGGAUUAUUUUACCGCUUAUUUAUUUUGCAGUUACACGCAAAAACCCUUUCACUUUUCUGUUAGGUCUUAUAACUCCUUUCACCACAGCGUUUGCUACUUGUUCCAGCUCUGCAACUCUUCCAUCAAUGAUCAAAUGCAUUGAAGAUAACAACAAAGUAGACAAAAGAAUUAGUAGAUUUAUUCUGCCUAUUGGAGCUACUGUGAAUAUGGAUGGAGCUGCUAUUUUCCAGUGUGUAGCUGCUGUCUUCAUUGCUCAACUGAACAACGUUGACCUCAAUAUUGGACAGAUCUUUACCAUUCUGGUUACUGCCACUGCUUCCAGCGUGGGGGCUGCUGGAAUCCCAGCUGGAGGAGUUCUAACCAUAGCUAUUAUCUUGGAGGCUAUUGGACUUCCCACAAAUGACAUCUCUCUCAUAUUGGCUGUGGACUGGAUUGUGGACCGGACCACAACAGUUGUGAACGUAGAAGGUGAUGCCUUUGGAGCAGGUAUUCUUGAUUUUCUGAAUCCAAAAGAAACGAAGGAGAAACACACAGAACUUAGUGAUGUCCAUGUGGAUGCCAUUCCAAACACCAAGGCUGAUGGGGAAACAUCACCUCUGGUAACACACAAUGUUCAAGCUAUCACCCCUCCAUCACCUAGUUCUCAAGAUCCAGCAUCUAAUGAAUCAGCCCUAUGA